UUUUUGCAAGCACGCUUGACUCCAGUGGAAUUCUAUUGGCGGACUUAAAAAAGUGCUGCGGACCAAUGACGUCGCGGUUUGUUGAGACGUUCCUAAUAACAUUUCUGACAGAUACGAAAGGAGAAGGCCAUAAUCGCCAUGGAGUCCUCUUCGGUGUACAUGUGCUUUCCCUGUUAUCAGGAGUUUCCUACUCUAGAGGAAGUGCUUGCACAUCAGAUGACCUGCACUGCAGAGAAUCCACAGCUACUGCCCAAUCAGACGCCGAUCGAGGCUGCAGCCGCCGCCGCUGGUCUGGCACAGGUGGCGAUGCAGGCUGUGUCAGUUCCCCAGACUGAGACAGCUGUUGAUCUGUCUUCUCUGCUAGAGCAGAAGAAAACUCUUCAGGCGGACGCUCCUCGUGUUCUGUAUCAGUGCGCUGACUGUGAGGUUCUCUUUGAUGCUCUGUCACUUUGGCAGCAGCACCGCAAGAUGGGCUGUUGUCUUGAGACGGGACCUGGACCUGGAGGAGAGCAGAGUAGAGAAAGUGUUGAAACAGCAGCCCAGCCAGAAUAUCAGGACGGUGAGCAGGCACAGAAUACACACCAACAGAUGGGGAUGAAAGAAGAGGGAAGACAGGCUGAAAUGAAGAUGGACAACACUAGUCAAGUAUUUGUGGCAGUAGGAGAGGUUUCUGAAAGAGUAGCGGCACCUGAUGGUGUCCCCAGUGAGCCUCUGGAGACUUCGGAGACACAGGAAACUGCACCUGUGGAGUCCUCAGCUGAAGAAAACAGCUCCGCCACAAGGCGCAGGGGGCAGAAAAAGGCUAAGCCCCCCUCCAGCCUGCUCUGUGUGGAGUGUGGGCAAAGCUUCAGCCUGGUUCCAGAGCUUGUGACUCACCGUAAGAAUCAGCACGGCUUGAAGGAUGCCAUACACCGCUGCACGGUUUGCGGAGAGGGCUUCCUCAACACCACUCUUUUCCUCUAUCACCGAAAGCAGCAUCGCUCAGAGGUGGAGGAUAAACCCAAGCAGGCUCAACCUGCCAUUCCUCAGCUCUCCACAGCCAUGCUGGAGGCCCCAGGUGAGGGACUCUUGCUUUUAGCCACAGCUGGAGAAGGCCAGAGUCUAAUGGAGGUCACCACUCUGGAACAAACCAUAACUGAGACCCCUGUGGCACACGUGGAGGUUGAGCUGGAAAAUGAUGAGAUGAGAGGAUCCGAGGCUCUCCGGACGGAGCAGGAACCUGUCGUGGAAGGCACAGAAGUUUUUGUGGAGAUGGUGGAGGAGAGUAAUGGAGCAAACCAGGAAGAAGUAAUGGAGAUGGUUGUUGAAAAGAUGCAAGAAGAUGUGGAGAUGGAGAAAAGCACUGUGGUUGAGGAGAUCCAAGGAGAGGUGGAACGUAGCACGGACAAGGAACCGGAGAAAGCUCCAUCUUCGAGCACAGAAGGACAGAAUUUCCUUUGCCAUCAAUGUGGAUCUGUUUUCACCAGUGACCAGGAGUUGGCCCAGCAUCGCAGGACCGAGCACGGCCUGGAGGCGGCGUUGCACACCUGCGAGUGCGGGGCUGAGUUCAUGAGCACCACACAGUUCUUGUACCAUCGGCGGGAGCAUAAGAAUGCAGCUGCAGGACACCCACCCGCUGGUGAAGUGAAAGGUCCAGCUGUUGUUGUGAAAACCAGAGACAACGUGAACUUCGGACAACCAGCAGCAGCAGCGGCAGCGGCUGGAGACAGCGCUAUUGAGGCUCCUGCCAAGCUGAGCCGUGACUGGUCACGCACUGCCCUGCCACACGAGUGCCCGCAUUGUGGACAGGGCUUUACGCGGCGCAGCCGUCUGCGUGAGCAUGUGUUCCAACACACAGGUGAGAAACUCUUCAACUGCAAAAUUUGCAAAAAGAGCUUCCCGUCUCCGGCCAACCUGCUGCGUCACAACCUGACCCACGGAGGAUCCCGUGUAUUCAACUGUCCCCUCUGUGACAAGCGCUUCUUCCAGCCGACGUCACUCAAACGCCACAUGCUGAUUCACCAGGGGGGUCAAAGCCAGGAACGCAGGGUCAGAGGCAGAGGAAAAGGCAAGGGACAAUCAAGUGAUGGGCGCCUGCACAUCUGCCCAGAGUGCCCUGCCAGCUUCAAGUUUGAGUCCCAGCUGAAGAGUCACAGACUCCUACACACCAGCCAUCCAUUCCCUUGCAAUGUGUGCGGGGAGGCAUUUAUACGACGCAAAGAGCUGGACCUCCACUCUCUCAUCCACCAAGAUAAAGAACCAAAGACGUGUCCUAACUGCGGCUCUCAGUUCCUGAAUCAGACCGUGCUGGACACACACCUUCAGCGCUGCACAGGGGAGGAGACAAACCACCGCAAAUAUAAGGGUCAGGGAAGAGGCAAGGUGGGAGGUCAGCUGGAGUGUGAUAUGUGCGGUCACCGCUGCGUGACUCAGGAUGGUCUUGACCUGCAUCGCCUCUCCCACACGGGUCAGACACCCCUGCGGUGCCCGCUCACCCCCUGCAGACGCCGCUUCGCCUCCAGUACUGCUUUAGGGGAGCAUCUCGUGGCCCACUGCUGUGGAGCAUUAGGCAAACGAAACGCCCCACGCCGAUUCACCUGCGAGUUCUGCGGGAAGGAGUUUGCCUACGUAUCCACCUUCACCGUUCACAUGAGGACGCACACCAACGAGAGACCCUUUGAGUGCUCUAUAUGUGGGAAGCGUUUCCGGCAGCUUCCGCACCUGCAGGAUCACGAGCGCAUUCAUAGCGGCGAGCGGCCGUUCACGUGCUGGGUGUGCGGUAAAAGCUUCAGCGUAGCGGCGAGGCUAACGGAGCACGCCCGUGUGCAUAGCGGCGAGCGACCGUACAUCUGCCCUCGGUGUCCCACCGCCUUCCGCUCACGACCAAACCUCGACAAACACAUGCGUCUGCACGCCAACGACCCCGUGGAUCCUUCUGCACAGAACAUGGAUGAUGAUGCAGCAGUGCAGACCAUCCUCUUAGUACAGGAGUCUUCUUCAUCUUCACCAUCCUCAUCCGCUGUGCCUUUGGUCCAGGAGGGCAUGUUGGUGGCAGGGGAAGGCAGCUCCUCUGUGGUCUUCCUGCACUCCAACCUUACCAUGCCAACUAUCUCAGUUCCCAACAUCUCUGUAGUCGCAGGUCAGGAUGUGCCUCACACUAUUGAGGUUAUCUUAGAGGAGACUGUGUAAAAACAUAAUCAGAUGAAUGCCAAGGGGAUAUGAGGCAGGGGGUUAACAUUAUUAUUUUAUUUUAUCUUUUGAAAGAGAAAGGCAGAUUCAGCAAUAGGUUAAACAAUAGGUCAGGACUUAACAAAAGUUUUGUUAAUGUGAAUUUCUGAGAGAUGCCUUGUUGAUUUAAGAUAUAUUUUGCUUUUGCAAUUUAGAAGUACAACAACUAAGCAUGUUUACCGUGCAAAAAAAUAAUUCACAAAUGUUUUUGCAUAUGAAUGGCAACGCUGUACUUAUGCUGUGAUUUUAUCUUAUGAUUUGAAUGUUUUAUCUGCCUUUAAUACAAAAAGUUGACCAUAAUUUGUGGUGUUUAAUUUUAAUAAAAAGCUUGAGCUUG